GCCAGUCCGUGAUUUGCAGCAAGUGGUUAAUUGGCUGAAAACGUGUAAAUUGUAGCCAAUCAAAAUUAACGUUCAUUAAUAGACUACGCCCACAUUGACAUGGACAUAAUCUACAUGCAGCUCUUGUCCUCGCUUUCAUUUCUCAUGUUUUAUGGCAGUGUAUCUGUGUUCGUGUACCCGGGUGUGCAGUUCUCAACUUGUUUACAGAGGCAAGGUUCAUCGUCCGGCAGAAUCACCUGUUGUCGAAAAUCGGGCGAUACUACAUUCGCUUUACUACUGAACUGAAUGUGGGUCUGUUGUCUAGAGCACCUGUAAGCGGGUGAGUGCUCUUAUACGGUGCUAUUUCGCAGCAGUGAAAGUGACUAUAGUUAGCAGAGCGUCAGAAAGACGGUAUCUCGCAGCUGCUGUGGCUCGUAGAUUGACCUGACUACCUUAGUAGACUAGGUGCCUUCUUGAAGGGUCAGCAUCAUCCAGUAUCGACGUGCUUUAGGUGGGUUGGCGUUGACGACCGCGGGUACCAUGCCGCGUGGGGUAGCGUCGGGUGGCAGCUUGAUGAGCAAACGCCCCAGGCCCAGUGAGACGCACCGAGUUUUCUGCCGUCUGCUUCUCGCAGUUUAUAUCUCUUUUCUUCACGGAACAUCUGCAGAGAUGAACCAGACCAAUCUCCACGUGGCAUCAUUCAGCAUGCGUGGUGUCUCUGGCAAAGUCACUUUCUUUGAGGCUGAGGCUGCUUCUGGUCAAGCAAUGGUCAUGAUCAACGUUGCGUUGAUAGGGCUUGAGCUAGGGAACUACACCUGGGCUAUCCACGAGAAGCCGAUGGUGUACGGCCAAGAGCCGGCCUGCAGCGAGGAACUCGUCGGCCCAGUCUACACACACGCGGGCGAUCUGACCGGGGCGCUCAACGCCACCACCACGGUGACGGAGAGUGGGAGCUGGAACGCCAGCUACUCCAGCGCACUUGUCAGCCUGACUGGACCACAAAGCAUCACGGGCCGGACCCUAGUCUUGCAGGAAGCAUUGUCCCAAGCAGCGUACUGUGCUCAGAUCGCCAACGCUCGGGCACUCGUCACGGCAGUGGCCCGAUUUGACGCGCCGUUUGCCGGCACGGUGACCCUACGCCAGGAGAGCGGCAACCCGGAGGCAGAUACCACCAUAUUGGUUGAUCUAUAUGACGUCACUGACCCAAUUGAACAAAUGACAUACGCGUGGAGAGUUAGCAGUAACAGCGGCUACAACCAAGACGUAGACUUGGAAACUCGGUGCAAGGAGACAAGUUCCAACACAUACAACCCGACGGGAGUUGAUGUAAUAACCUGUCGACCGGAGGAUCCUCUCAACUGUCCCAUUGGAUAUCUGUCUGGUAAAUUUAAUAACGUAACCGUAACUCCUGUUCCCUCGGCUGUGACGCAUUAUUUUAUCGACACCAAUUUACCGCUAUCGGGUGAAAACUCAGUCGUCAGCAAAUCAUUGGUGUUCAGCGACGCCUCGGGUGAUCCAGUGGCGUGUUCUCCGAUCUUGGAAAUGAAACCGAAAUCGUCGGAAGCCAUAAUCAGCGUCAACAACGUGUCGGGUAUGGUUCGGUUCCGUCAGAGCUCACCUUAUGACGUCACUGAGAUCAAAGUGCAUCUUGAGAACCUGCGAGGACUGGCUGGUGGUUUUCAUGUUCACGUUCUUCCUCCGGUGCCUCGCACUUACGCCAGUGAUCAGCCAGCCGGUCCCCAAAAUGUAGCCGGCCACUUCAAUCCGUACGGCAUCGGGGCUGCUCCACCACCCGGCACCGGCACAAAUGACCAGUACGAGGUGGGCGACUUAAGCGGGAAGUUUGGCCUGCUGACGGGAUAUGAUAAUUUCAAUGCCACCUUCCUUGAUUGGAACCUACCGUUGUUCGGACGGCAUAGCAUCAUCGGCCGAUCUUUGGUGAUUCACAAGAAGGAGGGUGAUCGUUGGGUUUAUGCUGCUAUCCCCUAUCCGACGAAGAAGAAGACGGUGAAGGCUGUUUUUAAGGCGCCCUCUGUCGGCAAAAUCGUGAUGAGUCAGGACAUCAACGAUCCUUACGCCGACACUUCCAUCUAUGUAGAGAUGGCUUAUGCGGACGGAACCGACACCACUACGGGCCAUAACUGGCACAUCCAUACAAAAGCCGUUGCUAAUGAUUACAUCUCCAAAGACCGGCGCUGCAGUAGUUGUGCUGGCCACUUUAAUCCGUUUGAUGCGGACCUCGGUCCAAGUUAUGGCCAGUGUUCGCCAGCAUUCCCGCAGCGAUGCGAGCUUGGCGACCUCUCCAAGAAGCACGGCCAGCUCACCAUCACAAACCACAUGAAUCUUGGCAUGGGCAAAUUCUUCUUCACGGAGACCUCUUUACCCCUAAGCGGGGUCAACUCCGUCAGCGGUCGCUCCAUCGUCAUCCACGCCUCCGAUGGAGGCAGCCCAAGGAUAUCCUGUGCCGAUCUCCUCGAGGUGCCCCCAACGGUAACCACCGCCGACCUGUGGUCCGACGGCCCCGUCUCCGGUCACAUCACAUUCCAACAAGAGUCCAUCUUCGACCCCGUGCAGAUUCACGUGGACGUCAAAGGUCUGAGCAAUGUGGCUGGCGGUUGGCACGUCCAUGUCCUCCCGAUUGACAAGGACAUGGACUCGGCCCCGUGCAGCCCCGUGUCUGUCCUGGGACACUUCAACCCUUUUGGUGUUGUCGGAUCGCCCCCGUACGGUACACAGGACAUGUAUGAAAUGGGCGACCUGAGUGGUAAAUUCGGAAGUUUCUAUGGGUAUGUGGACUCGGCGGAUCACGUCUACCACGAUACCAACCUAGCCUUGGAAGGUCCUCGCAGCAUUAUCGGGCGGUCCCUGGUGGUUCACAAGAGCGCUGACGGAUCCCGAUGGGUGUGCGCUACUUUGCACCGUAAAACACAUCCAGAUGACUUCAUCGUGACGGCCAAGGCUGUCGUAACCGCAACCGAUUAUACUGGAUAUGCAAUACUGAGUCAGACACGAUAUCACACGGGCGCCUUGGGAGACACCACUGUGGAAUUUGGCGUGCUUUCGAAUGUUGCCGAGAUGGACACAUUUUAUUGGAACUUUCGUCCUGUCGAACCGGAGGAUGAUGCGUGUACGGGCUCGUCGUCAAUUUUCAAUCCUCACAAAGUGUCCGUAAACAGGGAUUAUGGGAGCCAGUGCGAUGCGAAAACUCAGCUCCGAUGUGCUGUGGGUGAUAUGACCGGCAAGCACGGAAACGUCAGCAGCAUCGUCAAACGCACCGUCUACACCGACGUCAACCUACCGCUCAGCGGUCAAGACUCAGUCCUAGGACUUUCCCUUCAUCUGAUAUCGACAAACACUGGCCAGUUUACCUGCGGUACUUUAGAGCCAGAUGCCAGCACCGGGAGAGUCGAAUACUUAUCGUAUCCAAGGUCCACAUCAUUUGAUCCAUAUAAAUUCCGGCAGGCCUUACACGAUUAUAUGACUGGUGCCGAGAUGUGGCAGAUAGUGACAACGCAAGAGCCAGAAGUUAAUCAAGUGACGGGAUGCGCAACGUUGAAGUUUUACUUCAUUGGUGCUGGCCUAGAUGACAUGGACAGAGAGUUCAAGCAGAAGGUCCAAGCCGACGGUCUGGGUGAAUAUUCGCCCACCUCGCAAUGCAGAGAUAUCAGUGGAGGUGGUAUUCAAACGAUGCCCGCUGCAUUGCCCAUGUUCUUCGUGCUACUUGCCAACUGCUUUAUCCUUUUUCUGCUUCAGUAGCCUUGGCUGUGAAGACUUUCCACUGGAAUCAAUCUUGGGGUUAUCAUCCAGAAGUAAUUUCCAUCAUCGGUGCAGGUGCUUAUUUAAGGUGGUCUGCUGUCCACAUUUGACCGAGAAAAUUAUUGUGCAUUUCUAUUGGAGGUUAUUGAGUGGGAUAAUAUAGAAGGUUACACCGUUUUUAAACCUUAACAUUUUGUUUCAAGUAAAACAUAAGGUUAUUGUGCACAUUGUGCUUGAACAUUUCUUUAUGUAUACGCAUACUAUUUUAAUGGUUUUUCUUCCAACGCUGCCAAAAUGACUUCCAAAACUGUACUCAAAGACUGUUGAAUGUGGCAUUCAGUUUGUCAAACAGACAACUUCAACCAAUCCGCCCGGAGCAGAAGCACCCCCGUCAUCGGUUGAAAAGAGCCAUUCUGGUCGGGAGUGUUCAAUUUGUUGGUAGCGAUGCAAAUGUAAUGCUUGCGUUCCGUGGUCGUUCGUGAACCAGCGAUCAUCGCAGUUACCAGUUGCUACCGAAAGAAUCUGCGUUGCUCGGAAAAUUGCGCCCUCUCUUUGUCCAGCUCGGGGCCCAUACUUGUUUUUUGCUACAUUUCUUUUGGGUACAUUGUUCUGCUGAUUAUGGCAAAGGUCCCAUGGCUCUGGUAAGGCUACUCCAAAUUUCAGCAAUGAAAUUGAACUGUUGAAAGAAUAGACUUGAAGAAAGUCUUUCCACUGAAUACGGGCGUUUCACAAUAGAGCGCCUCCAAGAGUAUGCAACGCGUUGGCCAACCACCGUGCUCGAAAUCUGUUGACCCUUUCGAAACACGCAUUGGGUCGACAGAUUUCGCGCAUGGUGAUUGGUCAACUUGUUGCAAACGCUUGGAGGCGUGCUAUUGUCAAUCGCCGGUGUAGAGCCUGAAAGUGAAAAGUCACGCAGCGAGCUUCCGGAACCCUCGCGCGGUCCUUCAAUGGGGAGUUUAUAUUCGGCCGUCCUAUCACGUUCAAUACUUUUUGGAAGAAUAAUUCUGAACUAAAACCUCCCCAUGAAACACUCGUGUUGGA